GUAUAAUUAAGCUCGAUACAGAAUUCAAGAAGAUCCUAGCCGAAAAUAGCUGCUAUCGAACUCUUGAAAUGGAAGGGAUAAAUGAUCCAAUGUGGAAAGCCCCCUGAAAUCGGUGAUGUUGUGCAUAGACAAACAGACAAAGGUACUUGUCGAGGACACUACUGUAUGAAGAUGUUGGAGACGGAGUUGCACAUGAACUCCGCAAACUCCCCUCUCCAUGCAACUUGAUGCUCCUCUCCCCGUAGCAAUAGAUUGCCACCAGAAUUGCUCAUUCUUUCCUCAGCGCAGCCACAUGAAAGAAGAGGAUCGAUCGCAUUGUGCUGCCUGCCUCUUUGUUCCUGUCAGAUUUCCAGCUGCAGGAUGAGAUGACGCCGCCGCCGCCGCCGCCUCCUCUUACAGAACACAGCAUCACCCGCCCCUGUGAGCUAGCUUUACAGCGGAUGACACGGGAGACCGGGAGCCUGGCCUGGGAGCUUCAGGUGCGCUUGGGCGGGGAUUGCCGGUUUGAGGGUGACCAUUAAUCGGCCCAAAGAAAGCAAACGCUCCGCAAUGCCACAACAGGCUGGGAGAUGGUGAGUUGACCAUUUUUCUUGAUGAGGAUAGGCUCCAGAGCUGUUUGCGGCCCCUCCCCGCCUGUCUCCUUUCUCACACUUGCACCUUCUUUCGCCCGCCGGUCCGCUGCGCUAGGUAGGCACUUACAGUGGUCGUUCGCUGCCUGUGGGUUGACAUCAGUCCUCGGUGCUCUCAGCUGCCUGCCCACCGUCCCCGCCUAACCCGCCCCAGGUGCUUUCCAAGGCAAGUGGGGCCACCCGACAGGGAUGGUGGAUGCAGGUGCGCAACUCGAGGUCGAUCACAACGGCUCCCAAAAACUCUCCCCAGGACGACCGAGGGUACGCUCGACUUGCCCGCUUGUUUUGGCGUAUUUGCCUCUUGUGCCCCCGGCGUGUUCAUCCCGUGUAUCUGCUGAUCCUAUUGGUACCCUCAAGAGAUCCCCACGGCAACUUCGAUCCUUUGUACAGGCCGGCGACUCGAUCGGGCGACCGCAAAAGGCAGGCAGGACGGAUCACGCUGUGGAACAAGGGUCUGCACAAGAGCCUCCAACGACCGAAGCCAACAGGGGAACUGGUUACAGCAAGACUCCUGCCACGGCUGCGGAUGGUCUCGUCGCCGCCGCGAAGAUUCCUCCAUGGGACCCGAUCAAGAGGUACUGGUCUGACAGAAAUUCUUUUCCCGACUAUGGGACACCAGGAGGAGCAACCAUGGGCCGUUUCAAUUUUGGGCAGUCUUUCUUAUUUGGCAACUUCCUGAACAAUCGACCAGAAGCAUCUUCUACGACCCCAAAACGCGUAAACGAAUCCCCACUCGAGAACCCACCGAAACGACUGUGCGUCGAUGAUGAUGCGGCACACGACGUCCUCUCUAUGCCGAGCGGCUCCGGACUGCCCGGGAAAUCCAUUCCUUCCAGCAGCUCUCAGAGGAAAGGCGCCCGUGAAGCUCCGAGCCUCCGGUCGAGCGAUAGAUCUGCGAACGGCGUGGGCCUCGACGAAUAUCGCAGCACGGAGCAGAGGGUAGUCGUUGGGAAACACACACGACAGAGGAGGAGGGACAAAGCACGGCGUUGCUCCGGCAGUCUUGGAGGUGAUGGUGCUGAUGAAUAUUUGCCCAAGGCAAACUCGACAGCGCCGUACAAGUCGCGGAAUCACCUUGUGCACCGUCAAAUGACCUCGGACGACCCUAUACAAGACGACGAAGAAGACAUACAAGAGAUUCGUGCUCCAGUAUCUCGGAAAGCAGUCACCAAUGGCCGCUCAAAUGCGAAGGCAGCUGGAGGAAAUUCCAUGUUUACAUCCUCGGCUUUUGAGGUCUCUGUCGAGAGCGAAGACGAAUUAGGUGAAGACCAGCGUACCCAAACAAAUUCAAGGCCCCAGAGACAGACUGGGUCGGCGAGCCAAGUUCGCAAUGGCAGAAAGCGACCUGCGAGUAGCGAAGUUGACGAUGAGACACAAGUCAUGAACCGGGCCAAACGGCAGACCCAGGGUGCAGACCGCGCCGAUAUGCAUAGAACGACCUUCGGCUGUACAGCUGCACAACCUGGAGAUCAAAGUGGCAGGAUUCGCGUCAUUAAGGCUGUCUGCGGUCCCACCCGCGUGUAUUCGGCCGAGGAAAGUGUUCCUGGCUGUGUUCUUGUCCCAAGCACGAAGGCGGAUCUGCCUUUUGAAGCUGUCAAUGCUGCCACAGGAAAACCGAUAGCCGAGCUUUGGUGGUUGACGCCUAAGGCUUCCAAGGUCACACAAAUCACGCAACCUCGGAAUUCGAUGACAGUCAAGAUAUCGAAGCGAUUAGAACCGAGCAGGGACCACAAUGUAGGGGCGACUUUGUACUUGCAACUUGGAAAUGCUCAUGAGGCAGACCAAUUUGUGAGCCGAUUCUGCAAUGUCACUGGUAUUCCUGUUAAGGACAACUUGGAAAGCAAAACUCUUGAGGAUGAGAUGACACGCAAGUUAUUGGAAAUCCUCAAAUUCAACGAGCAGAAGACAAAGAAAGCCACCGAGGCAGAUGUGCAAUACUUGGAGCAUAAGGAGAGCGUGGCCAAUCGCAGCAAUUCCAAAUCAGCGGGCCGGUCGGCGGUAAUAGCCACACCGUAUUCACAGCCAGCCGCGGACAAGAGGCCCAUCCGGGCGCAGAUGAGAGUUGAUGAUUCAGGCUCAGCAAAGAGGAGCCCUUACUCCAAGGUCUCCGGAAAUGGACCGACAUCUAUGACACCCGAGCAAAGGAAGCAACUCCAAGAGGUUGUUGGUGAAGACAGUCUGUCAGAUUCCCCACCACGACGAUCUGUGCGCAACGAGAAAUUGUCGCAGACGCCUUCUCGGUUGGGUACUACUCAGACUCAGCUGCGACCCCAGCGAAGUCUUCGGUCCGCGGGCCCUAAGCCAAAGAGUCCCUCUCCGGAGGUCGAAAGAUGGACAGAAAAGAACCCCACCUGGGCCGAUAGUUGGAAAAUUGAUCUCGUCUACGAACGAACAGUCGUUGGCAAAAGCGACGUCGAACGGCUUGACGAGGGCCAGCUGCUGAAUGAUGAAAUCAUCACAUUCUAUCUCAAAUAUCUCCACAAGCAACUGGAGGAGAGAGAUGCGCAGCUGGCUCAGAGGGUUUACUUCUUCAACUCUUUCUUUUGGGAGAAGCUGAAGCCAAAACGAGCGUCGGUGAACUACGACGGGGUCAAGAAUUGGACAGCCAAAGUUGACCUACUUUCAUUCGACUACAUCAUCGUGCCAAUCAAUGAACACGCGCACUGGUAUGUCGCAAUUGUUUGCAACGCAAAACAGCUGCUUUCAUCCCACGACACCUCGUCAGAGACAGACGAGCCUGGCUCGAAGAAGGCUCAAGAUCAGGCAGGAGAUGUCGCAGAGGAUGCGGUUUCCGAAAGCAAUGACACAAUCAAGAAGAUAGCCGUCGAUGUCAGCCACAUCUCGAUCGAUGACGACCAAGCUGAGACUACGUCAAAUCAGCAGGAGGAGGAGAGGGUUCCAGCUGCUGCGAAGAAGACCAAAGUCCAGAGGAAAGGCAUUCCAAGGAAGUACGACCCUAAAGCAGUCAAGUUGAUCAGUCUUGAUUCACUAGGUGGCGCACACCCAGGGGUCAGUACCGCGAUGAAAGUUUAUCUGCAGCAUGAAAUCGAGGCCAAAAAGGGGCUACACGUCGAGGUUCCUGCUUCCUUCGGCAUGAGCGCACGCAAUAUCCCAACACAGCCCAACUUCACGGAUUGUGGUGUAUAUCUCCUGGGUUACAUGCGAGAAUUCAUGAAGGACCCGGACAAGUUUGCCACCAAUAUCCUUCAGCGGGAGGAACGAACCUGGGACUUUGACGCCCCCACAUUGCGGAACGAAAUCCGUGACCUUAUUUUCACGCUACAGAAAGACUAUCAGCGAGACCAGAUACAACAAAAGCGGGAGAGGCUACUAGCCAGGCGCCAAAUGCCGAAGUCGCAAGAGUCGGCCAAGGCUUCAGUGUCUCCUUUUCGGUAUUCCGAUGAACCAGCCGUGCGAGGAUCGCCCGCUCCUCAACGAAACUCGGCAGAUAAUUCUCGUCAGGCGACACCCAGAGCAGCUGAAGCGGUCAUUCCGCGAGCACCCAUCGAUGAAGAUGUUCGCAGAGCUGAUACAGAGCCACCAUCGGCCGGCGACACUCCUGCCAACAUCCACAACGAAAGCAUGAUUGUGAAUGUCGACGAGAGCAUCGAGCAUAUCAAAGCACCUAGCACUUCGGGCACGUCGGCUUCAAAGCCCGUGGAGUCAAUUGAGCUAGAUGAUGAAGAUGCUCCGCCCCCAGCAGCGAAGAGGACACCAUCGACUCAGAAAAUGGUUCAAGGUUCAAGUGCCAAGGGGGCGGCCUCUCCUUACUUCGAAUUUGUGCCGCAGCUGCCAUCAUCGUCACCUCAAGGUUCACCCACGAGGGCUGAAUCUCUCCAGCGCAAUGCGACACAGCAAGGUUCUGACCCACUGGUCAAGACUCCAGGCUCUUAUACGGACAAAACAUUUGCUCCCAAAUCUGGUGUCAAGAAACACCGAUUGGAAAAGACCGAGGUUAUCCCUUCUUCGAGUGAAGAAGAAACUACAGGCAAGGAGUCCAGAAGGAAGAAGGGUCAUCCCACGAUCGACCUCACCAAGGAUGGAUGAGGUGUCAUGGGUGUCCAACCCGAGGCACGACUUCGUGUACAGAAUUGUUUUGGGGGGCAUGCAAUUGAAUGGACCUGGCUUUCCUCAUAGACUAGCGGAGACGAGGAUCACUUGGCUCAUCGGUGUACCUGUGCUGAGACAGCAGCAAGAAAUAGUAGUUUACAUCGUCGCUUUACAACGCGAAUGGCGUUGUCUUCUAUCAUCAGCCUGAGAUAUAGUCAGAGCUUUGCUCGACAGAGUAGCAAUGCAGCGUCUCUGGUUAGGGCGUCAACAUGAGAUUGAAGCUUGGACUCUUCGCAAUUGAAUGUGGUGUAGGAUAGUCCUCACAACCCAGUCCGAGGACAGCUGGUGGGAUGGGCACUUGGAACUCUGUACCUAGGCACCUUAAUUAUAGCCCCGUACCAUAGUCAUCAUGUAUAUAGAUAUCCUUUCAAGCGGG